GGUCGCGCCGAAACGCUCUUCAUCGAAAACGGAGAUCAUUUCUUUACCGUCUUAGGAUUUCAGAAAUUCGACCAACUUUCCGGAUAGCGUGAAGUGCACCCAAAAACAUCAAACUGCAGUACGCGUCCUGGACCCUUGUUGGAUGUCAUUCUAACCAACGCGUAGAGUUGUACCGGAACUUUUGAAAAACUUUUCCGGCGCGCCAAAGGGCGGCUUCGAGCGCAGCAUUUUUCGGUAUUCGAUCGCUCUAGACUCGUGUUCGGUUAGUUCUUGUGCCCCUAUUUGGUAUAGUAUGUUUAUUGAUGUUUAAGUGCCGGGCGAGUGGUUCGCCUUUCAAAGUAGUUGAGAGUUUGUGACUUUGUGGUCGGGAUCGAGCAGGUGGUAAGAGGAUGAUGGCCCGGAAACCACUAGGAUUGGCGAUCGCCGUAUGUUUGAUCCUUGUUCUGGAACAUUUCAGCAACGUUCGAGGAAUAGCUCAACAACCUAAAGGGACUUUUAGCCGGACGAAACGAGCGUUCGUUACGCACGUCCAGGCUAUUGUCGGAGGAACUGCUGAGUUACCGUGCGAUCUGACACCACCAGCGCCCAACGACAGCGUCCUCCUGGUCGUUUGGUAUAAAGACGAACAUUUGCCAAUUUAUAGUUAUGAUACACGCGUCGAUAAUGUCACAGCCAAACAUUGGAGGGAGGAUAAUAUAGAUACAAGAGCAUUCUUUAGAGUGAUGACAGAACCUUCAACGUUAGUCAUUAACAACAUUAUUGAAAAGGAUGAAGGCGAGUAUAGGUGUCGGAUCGAUUAUCAACGCUCACCAACCAAAAAUCACCGAGUAAAAGUGACUGUCAUAGUACCACCUGAAAAACCGAGUAUAUAUGACGAAAAGGGUAACAAAGUGUUAUCGACCGCCGGACCAUACGACGAGGGUGGGGACGUGAAGCUGACGUGCAUCGUGACAGGGGGAAAACCAGAACCAAUAAUCAAGUGGUGGAGAGGACAAACGCUAAUUGACUCAAUGGAUACGAGAAGCAAUUUUCCGAAAGCCCGAUCUAAUCAACUUGUCAUCAGGAAUCUGCAGCGUUCCGAUCAGCAAGCGUCAUUCACGUGUCAAGCCGCUAAUAACAACAUUAGUCAGCCAGUGUCAGCGAGCACUUCCCUUGUGAUAUACUUUCGCCCAUUGAAGGUGGAAAUAUUAUCAAGUAAUCAACCCCUAUCAGCAGAUCGAAGAUACGAAAUCCCCUGUCAAGCAUUCGGGUCUAAACCAGCUGUCCAAAUUACAUGGUCGCUAGACAAGAAAGAACUAAAACUACCCAUGUAUAACUCAACCCAAACGGAUUCGGACGACGGAAAUAUGAGCACAUCUACGCUGGUUUUCACCCCAACGAGAUUGGAUAACGGCCGAACCCUCACGUGUAGGGCUGCAAACCAUUUCGUACAGAACGGCAUCGAAGAAACUUCCAUCAAACUAAACGUUUUCUAUGUCCCCAUUUUGCAUUUAUCGCUUGGAUCUAAUUUAAAUCCAAACGACAUCGAGGAGAAGGACGACGUCUAUUUCGAAUGCAAGGUGAAUGCCAAUCCGGGUGCCUAUAAAGUUGUCUGGAAGCAUAAUGGACAAAUCUUGCAACAGAAUCAGAAAAUGGGUAUCAUUAUUAACAGUGGAGGCGAAAAUUUAGCUCUUCAAAGCGUCAAGAAGGGCCAAGCGGGUAAUUAUACUUGCGUAGCGUCGAACGUUGAAGGGGAUGGCGAUAGUAACUCGGUUGAACUGAAAGUUAUGUAUCUUCCGGUUUGUAAAUCAGAUCAAAAAAGAAUUUAUGGAGUCGCACGACAUGAAAACGCAAAGGUUUAUUGUGAGGUGGAAUCUUAUCCGGUUCCAACUAAUUUUAAAUGGUCCUUUAAUAACUCGGCCGAACGGAAUGAUGUUCCACCCGAAAGAUAUAAAUUCAACCUGACUUCUUCCACUUUAAUAUACACUCCAAUAACAGAACUCGAUUAUGGUACUGUGAUGUGUUGGGCCGAGAACACUGUCGGUCUUCAAUUAGAACCUUGCGUCUUCCAUAUAAUUGCUGCAGGAAAACCGGAUCCACCGCAUAAUUGUUCUAUAUUGAAUCAAACUACGGAAUCACUUGAAGUGGAAUGUGUGGAAAGCUUCGAUGGUGGUCAACAACAAUAUUUUUUAUUAGAAGUUUUUGAUGAACAAACCAAUAUAUUACAAGCUAAUGUCUCAGCAAAAUUUCCUUUGUUUACUAUCAGUGGUUUAGAAUCGGGGAAAAUUUUAAGAAUGUUAGUGUUUGCUGCUAAUUCAAAAGGGAGAAGUGAAGCUGUGGUGUUGGAAGGUUUUACUUUAAAAGUUGCUGAAAAACAAAUUGUACUGUCCCUUGGGACGAGGGAUCAAAUCGAGAUAGCUCCCAUUCUCGGCAUCCUCGUUGGAAUUGUCACGGUACUGCUGCUUAUAACCGUUGUGAUAUUGGGCGCAAUGAAAAUAAGAACCUCACAAAGAAACGGGGGCAGAGCUUUCAGACCGGGAUUCCUACCUGUUAAGGAAAAGGUCACCCUCCCGUUGCGAUCCGACUCCGAGGAUCUGUUCGAGAAGGACGACAAAAACCCCGACGUUGUGCCGGCUAAUAAAGAUUCCAACUAUCAGCUUGGGUCAGCUGCACAAACUCCUGGUCUGAACAAUUCGGUGACUUCCACGGAUUACGAAGUAGCUUCUACCGCACCUCAGACCGCACAUAUAACCCCUCUUCAGGAAGCAUACAUCGCCAGGGACAGAUCGUAUACACCCCAACAUAUGAGCAACGAGGUAACUUACGCGGAACUUUCACUGGUGAGACCAAAUUCAUUGGAUCCGGUUAAGAAUGGCGGAGGUCAGUAUGGAACACUUAGAGGUCGCACGGACGAUUCAACAAUUUACGCGCAAAUCGACCACAGCAAGAAGUUGCCACCUGCUCCUGUUAGGGGCUCACUCCCGUCCCCAUUAAUCUCUCCCGCUUCCCUCUUUCCUACGGCGAAGACUGGAAUCUAUCAGAGGGAAAUCGUCACCGUCAGGACGCCCCUAAUGGGUUGCCAGCAGGAAAGCUGUGUGUAAUCGCCUCCCGGUUUCAAAGAGCAACAGGAUAGUCAAGUGUACAUAUAUUUACGUCUAAAGACCAAAGACAUCGCCAAUAUGAACUGGCGAUGUAUUCAGUGGAGGGGGAUGAUAGACAAUAAUUAGUUGGUUAUUAAUCAAACUUAUAGAUAUUUUGAAAAGAUUUACUUACGAUUAGAAAUUUUCUUCUCCGAUUGACGGCGAAAACUUUUUACGGACGGGGAACGUUCAAUAUUAAAGGCCUCUUAGUAUUCCAUAGCUACCUCGUGGUUUGGAUGUCCUUCGUCUGCUAAGAACAAGAACACGUGCAUCUUUCUGUCUUCAAUGAAGACGUACAUAUCGGUGUUACAUUUCAAAACGCAUUGAAAGGCGAAUAUCAAUGUUACUUAUCAUCGUCACAGUUUUCUCGAACAAAACCAGUGUACGACUCGAUUCGUAAGUUAAUGGAAUCAUAAAGAAAAUAUUUUUAAUCUAGUCAAACGUUAUUAUAAUUAAAGAAAGAGUAAAAGAUUAUAUUAUAUAAGGGAUUAAAGUAAUUAAAGCUUUAUUUCACCACAUAAAGCUUUAAUUAUAACUUCCGUGUAUAAAGAUGGCAUGUUUUAAAUUUUCUACAAAACGUUAAAGGAGUUUAACUAUAAGUUUAAAUAUACAUGUAACAUUAACAAGAAAUAUAUUAAAUAAUUGUAAAUAUACCUGAAGACUAUUGUGUAAUAUAUUGAAAUUAUAAUAAAUUGAUAUUAAUAUGUAUAUAAACGAAUAGAACUAAGCGACAAAGACUUUAAGUUGUUGCUAUAGGAAAAUACCUAUAUCAAAAACAAAGUGGGAUGUUGUGAAUUUAGCACAAUCGUUUUAAGUUUUGUACAAAUUGUAAAUACACAUUGCGCGAUCUAUGACAUGUUAUAACUAAAAUAUCCGAUGAUUUAAUAAGUGUGAUCUCUUCAUAUCUCGUCCUCGUCUUUGUAUCAUCAAAGAUCAAGGAAACUCUUAUUGAUGUUUGAAUUUCGCAAACGACAAACGUGUAUGGAUAGUUCAUUUUUAUUCUUUAAUUGAUCGACUUAUUCAGUCAUUGAUCAGCUAUCGAUCACUACUUUAUCUACCUGUUGUAACUCCAUCGUGUAUUUUCAAUAUAAUUUCUUAAACAAUU